AGCUCCAGCUUGGCCCUGGGCAGUCCGCUGACCCACAGAAAGUUAGAUCCAAAGCAACAAGGGUUAAGCAGGAAGGUUUGCCCAGCUGUGCCUGAGGGUGAGUAGAUAGGAGUCUUUGGCAAUAAAGAAAAGAAAAGGGGCUGGAUGGGCAGUCAGGCUCAAGUGCUUCUGAAUCAAUUGGACCCCCUGCUGUGGCAACUCAGGGAUCCCAGCACCUGUGAUGGGCAUGGGCUGGGGAUGCAUCAUGGUGCAGUUUCCCCUUCCAGGCAUGGUACCCCAGUCUCCUUCAAGGGACAAGUGCCUGGAGUGAACUAGGAAGAGCUGCUGGCUGCUCAUGUCCCUGCCCUGGGUGUCCUGCCCAAGGUAAUGGCUGUCUGGUGUGUCUCUCUUGUUCCUAGGAGAAGCAGCCAUCUCCCACUCCCUGACUCAGCUCCAGGACUCACAGCACCCCUGGUUUUGUGCCAGUGCUGCCCCAAACACCGCUUCCGAGUUAAGGGUCCCUUUCUGUUAAUACAUGUAAACCUGAAAAGGCUCCAUAAGAAUCAAUGUAAAUAAAUAGCAGAAGGAAGGAAGGGGAGCCGGCAGGACUAAAUCGCACACCAGGGACCCUGACUCCACUCACCACAAACUUAAGGACAGGUAUAAAUUCUCCUCACUUUACUCAUGUGAAAAAGGAAAGCUGGCUUACUCUCAUUCUCUCUCACUUUCUUUCUCUCUUCACUGCAAGCUCAGACACUUCUGUCAUUAGUCGCUCGUUGUUGCUCUAAAUUUCUUUAGAUUGGAAUUGGAUAAUUGCCCAGGUUCUGGGAGACCCAUUUGUCAAAGGAACCUCUGUGGAUAUAGCCCCUGUUUGGUGGUGUGUUAGUAGUUACUGACUCUCGGAUUCAAUGGGCUGAUUGAAGAUAUGAUUCUUCAGUAGUAUGAUUCCUGAUGUAUUGCCAACUAUUUUUAAGGAGCUCUGUAACAAACUGUUUAUGCUUGUACAUUCACGUUCCUGUAUUUUAUUUUCUGAUAAAUAAGACCCUGAGUUUUGCUGUCAUGAUUUGUGUGUCUCACUGGGAAUUUGGACGUUAAGCCUGUAUGCUUGCUACCCAGGACCUUGGAGAUCCCAAACGUAGGCACCAGUGAGGAGAUGAUCCCGACCAAGUAGUGCCCUGGGCUUGUGUGGCAACAGCAAAAUGACACCACUAAGCAGUGACUGCAGAAAGCACUGAGGAGAGUGAUGUAUGAACUGCUGCCUGGGAGCCCUGAUGGGAGCACUCCUGAGGAGUGGCUGGCCCAUGCCUUGGUGAUCCUCCCUGUUACUUGGGAUGCCAGGAAAUACCCAGUGUAUCAUUAGCAGUCUGAAAUCUUUAGCUUGGAUGCAAAAGCCUGUUUUCUCAUUCCUGCAUCACUCAUUUUAGUUUUUGGCUGAAGAAAAAGAAAUUAAGAAAAGAUGGACUGGAAUGCAAGAUCACUCCAGAAUGCUGAUGCAAAGAAGAACCUGCAAAAUGAAGAAGCAUGUCACAAUCAGUUGCUUUGUAAUGCACAUGAUUUUCCUCAGACAAACAUCUGUUCCUCUAAAAAUGCAUGCGCUUGUGCUGGAAAUAACCAAAUGGUAUAUCUGCCAACUAGCAAUGUUGCCUUCCCUUUUGUAAAUUCUGAAGGACUCAAAACUUCAGAUCAGGCCUUACCAGAAGCAUCUGUAGCUGGUAAUGAUUUAUUUAUUUCUAAAUACUCAGUUAAUCGACAUCCACCACCCUACUUACCAAUAGCUCCAAAACCUCCCAAUCAUACACCACGUUUGCAGGCAGAGAUGACUCGGGCUUCUUGGCCAAACUCUGACGCCUACUUUUGUCCCCUUAGACAGUUACCUCCCCUGUCUUCUCAAAUAAACACUGGAAAUAACAUGAGGAAUGUACUCCGGGAACCUCAGUAUGUCACCACAAACAGUUACACUGUGCAGCCACAAAUACUGCAGCAUAAUUCUGUGAGAACUACAACAUUAUAUCAAAGUAACAUUCAUUCCCAGAAUAAUUCUGUGUCCCUUGGUACAUCUGGGCACCAUGUCCAAAGCCAUAUGUAUCAUCCCAACACUCAGUUUAAAGUUGUACAAUCGCUGAAUCAAGAUACUGAAGCAAAUGUCCAGCUGCUACAACAAUAUCGACCAAGUCAGUUGGGAUCAGAAACUCCUAGAGGAUGUUGUGCACCAUCUUUGUUGCCUGCCAACUGUGAUUCAAGAGCUGCAGCACAAUCUUCAAUAGGUGUUCCACAUGCUGUUCAAAAUGUGCCUAAUGGAUACGCCUUUAGCCAACAGAGGCACCCAUCAGAUCCAAAAAAUGCUUCUGGUUUUAACAGUUUUCAGCAAUGCUAUCAGAAACAGCAAUCUGGGUCAGUCAGUCAAUCAGUUAGGAAUGUCUGUAAUUCAAGGGGAAAUGUGACAGCAAAUCGGCCCUUUAAUGAAAUGCCUGUGCCACCCACCGGCAUUUCCAAAGAACUGUAUGAGAUUGUACAAGAAAUGGAAACUCUUUCUUCAGUGACUGCUUCAAAGCAACUUGGUGAUCCUGUUUCAGUUCAGGAAGGCCAGACUAGUAGUUUAACGAAUAGGCCUGUUAAUUCUCAAAUUUGUUCAGCAGCAGCAGUAGAUGGAAAAACAAUUACAAAGGACAGAUUAGUUUGGGAAGCUCAAAGGCUGCACACUAUUAAAAAAAAAUGUGUCCUGCUUGAAAGGAUGCAUCAUUACAGAAGGAAACUCUUAUCAGCUUCAGAACAUGACAAAGGUACUCCCCUGCUUCCUCCAAGUUAUCAGGCUACUGUUGCCAAUUGUCUUCCGUGGAUGCCCAAUGGAACUCUAUCACCUUCCCCAUCUGAAACAGCGAAGACUGAGUGUCCAAUACUUGACUCUUCACCUGAAGAAAAAAAUGACAAAAAAGCUGAUGCUGAUAACAGAGGAUUAGAGGUGACUCAAAGUGACUCUCAGGUGGAGCAAGGAAGCCUUUCAAGCCCUGCUCCUAUUCCCUCUCAGAGCAAACUACCAACUCAAUUAAAUAAUCUUGAGAGCACUCCCAUAUCAGAACAAAAGGAUUCAUAUGCCUUGGCCUCAUCUCAAAACUCUGUGACAUCCUUGAACAAUGCUUCAUGUUUUAGUCAAGUGGAUAGCUCUGUCAAAACAGCAUCAAAGAAUGUGCCAGCUAACCCCAAGAACUCGUCAUUUCUUCAGUUUGUAUUGAGCAGCACAAAUGUAUUGAAAGAGAAGACAGCUGGUGCUACUGCUGAUAAAAUACUGACAAGUCUCUUGUGCAGUGAGAAACCACUGGUAGGUGUAUCUGUCUCGGGUGGAAACUUACUAAAAGACACUAGUGAGAAGAAUGUAGAAAGUGUGAAAGGUGAGCAGCCAUUUAUUGUUGACACAAACUCUUCUGUGUCAGAAACAACUGAAUCUGGUGAAGUUAAAUUCCAGAGUGAUGUGGCUCAGAAAAAAACGCCAUUUCCUGAAAAUAAAUCUGUUAAACAGAACAAUUAUCGUUACUCUAUGGAAGAGCUAACUGCUUGCCUGGACUUGUGGAAAAAACAUUCGUCAGAAUCUGUAACUGUGCAAAAUAGUCAGGUAAAUGAAAGUCCCACAGCAAAUCAGAUUUCACUGCACAUCCAAAAUGCAAAAAAUAGAGAACAAAAUAAUGUUCUUGUUAGUACAGAUGAAGCAAUUUUGCCUGUAACAACUGCUUCUGUAGGACAAAAAGUUGAUACUUUAAGUUGCAAUUUCAUAAAAAGCGUUGAACUCCAAGUUGCAGUUGUCUCUCCUUUAGUACUUUCCAAACAGAGAACACAGAGUGAGCAGGCAGACAAAGGUCCAACAUCUGCAGGUAAAACUUCUCCCGUGAUUGAUUCAGGAAGCAUAUGUAGCUUGCAAGAAGAGGGGAAAAGUGGUUUAAGUGUGGUAAAUACCAGUAAAGGAACAAUAGAUACUGCUAGGUCAUCACCCAGUGAUUGUGUUCUGGUACAGAAGGUGGACCCGCAUUUGCAACAGCCAAAAUUAGCUGAUGGAAACAUAGCAAAAACCAGCGUGAAUGCAAAAGGUUCAUAUGGUGAAAACCAAAGGGAAGCUACUAGUCAAUCUGCACAAGAUGCCAGAGGAAAUCUGCAGCCUGAAUUACAAAACAAGCCACCUCUUCCUGAAUUGGGCAUAAAUUUUUCUAGUCAAAUUGUUCAGGAAGGUAUAAAAGACCAUAAAGACAAGCAAGCUGUGUUAGAGACAGGAGAUGAAUCCACAGCAGUGUUGGGAGAACAGAUGUUUUGUAUUUCUGGUGUAUGUUCUCUUGUUGAAGGUGAUAGAUUUUAUAACCCACAAAUAGCAAGUAUCUUCAAGUCAGUCCCUGAGACAAAUGCACCAAAUGGUACCUCAUCAGAAGGAAAUGCAACUGACCCAAGACAAAAGGAACGACAGCUGGACUUACGUAAAAAUAAGCUGAGCAAUAAUGCUCCCCAGAAAGAGACCUUGCUGCAAAAGAUGUUGAAUGAAUCGUCAAGCUGCAUGAGGAAAGCGGGUAAGAUUUUGGAUGGUAUCACAACUAGUAAUUUGGAGAAAGGAAGCAGUGGCAGUCCUCUUAAAACAGUUUCUACCUCAGAACAAAAAAAGUCAUUCAAUGCAUCUUUCAAGCAUCCUAAAAAUUACUUGGAAAUGCUUGCUGGCAUAAACCAGGAGCUAGCUCAACGUACACCAGAUGUCUCAAUCAGUGUAACUGCUGAAAGAAAUGUGUUUGCUGUUCAAAGGGGCAACAGUAAACAAAAUAACAUAUCCAGUAAAACUAGCACAGAAAAAGACAUGAACGUUUUUGGAGCAGAACCCAUUAAAUGUCUAAAUGAUCAGUUGUCCGAACUAGUGAAAGAGUUUCCGUAUGGCAUUGAAGGUGCCAAUAGGCUGACAAAAGAACCAGUACAAAAUGAUUCUGUGGCUGAGCGGAUGGAGAGUCAGCUUCAGAAAGAGACUCAGAUCUGUGACAAGAAUCCUCCUUCGAAGGAUCCAGUAGAUCAGAUAAAAAUUGUAGCAUUAAGCGCUGAUCAAAUGCAAGAACUGUUUCCUGAACGCAACUCGAGUUCCUCUAGUGACAGCAAGACAGUAGUGAGUCAACAGUCAGAAAAGGCUUCAGCUGAGGAGAACCUUGAAGGUAGUAUUCAGCCUCAUCAGAGUCUAUGUGAGAAGAAAGAAACCCCACAAAAAACCUCCAACCCCAGGAGAAAAAAAAUUGAAAAUUGUUCUUUAAUGGGUUUGCUAUCUGUAACACAUACAACGCCCUGGAGUCCUGGUAAAUUGGGAAUGUCUGGUUCAGAGAAAAAUGCUGAUCAGCUUUCAAAAGCUGAAAAUACUAGCUCUCUACAGAGACAAGAAGACAACAGUAAAUCUGAUGCUGAAAUGAAGAACAGCUGUACAGUGGGAAACCUGCCGAUUUCUGAAAAAAUCCCAAAUACUGAUAGCAAAAAUAAAAAAGAUACUUGCGAAUACACCUCUGUAAUGAACAGAAAAGCUGAGCUAAAGGUGAAUGAUGAAUACAAAUCACUUGCAACAGAACAGGAAAAAAUUGGACCACUUAAUUCCUCUGAGAACCAGGAUGUUGAUAAAGCUAAAAAGAGUAGCUGGAAGGAAGAGCUGCAAAUUGACAGAGCGUUCCCAUUGUUAGGCAAAGAACUUAAUUCUGACAAAAAAGAUCAUCAGACAGCCUUGGAAGAGUUGUCAGAGAAAGCUGGCCAUCCAGAUGCAGACAACAUAACAAAGUCAUCUGAAAAGCAAGAGACAGUUUUCAAAAUGGAGUCCCUUUCAAAAGAUAAAACCAAACCAGGUUUGGCAGUGAAAUCCAAAACUGAUAUUCACAAAUGUACAGAGUCAGUAACUGUUGAAAUUAAGCACGCUGAAGUCAUUCAAGGACAAAAAAUUAAAACCUGUCAAGAGAACUCAUCUGAAGAACAGAACUGUAGGAAAGAAAAGGAGAUACUUGGGCAAGAUGUAGGAAUUAACAUCAAAGAGAAAGCCAAAUUGUCAGCAGAAAUAAAACAUAAAAAGCUGAAUGGUCAUCGUGCUGAUGCUAUGAAGUUCCCAUAUUUUGGCGCUAUAGACUUUAAGUCAAGAAACCCUAAAUAUUCUCCGCAUAAAUCUAUGAAAGUUUAUCCUUCACAGGAGCAGCCAUACAAACGGAAGAGGAAAGAAAAUGUGAUUGGGAGGAGAGACCCUAAGAAAACAAAAGUGGAAGAGGAAAAACUGAAAGAAUCUGAAGCAAAGAAUUCCAAGCAGCUUUCACGUAAUUGCACGGUAAAUACUGACAAAGCUAAAAGACUCAAAGCAGAAAAUGGCUGGAAAUCAAAGAGUUCAUUAGCAGAUCUCUCUGUGCUUAAGCUACAGAGAAAAAGGGCUCGAUCUACUACCGUCUCUAAAAACUACUUUUCUAACAAAGAGAGAUGUCAUGAUGGUCAAAACGGAGACAAAUGCUCUGAGAAAACGUUUCCUGAUAAAAAUUUGCUAUAUUUAAAUAGAAGAAAUAACAGAUUAAAAUUGCAUCUUCAAAAGGAACCAAAAAAACACUAUCUGAACAGAGUGGGAUUUAAACGUAUGGCACAGGAAUGCAUAUAUCUGACAAAAUUGGAGACGUCACCUGUCAGACCUGUCCGGCAUAUAAAGCCCAAAGUGUCACAAAACGAUGCAAAAAGAGGUGCUUCUCUCUCAGAAGUUGAGAAAUCAUGCAAAAUAGAAGUACUUGAAUUUAAGUUGUGUCCAGAGAUACUGUUCAGAGAACCAAGCACUGGUGAAGAAAGCUUAGCCACAAAGAAUUCCUUGGAAAGAGAGAAGGCCAUUGUGGCAGGUGUCAAAAGUAAAAAAGAAGAUUGGUUAAAAUGUAAUCCAGUGAAGCAAAAAAAGCUGGAAGAGAUCUUUACAGCUGAGGACAGUAUUCCACUUGAUACAGCUAUACAGAUCCUGGAUGGCGGUGGUGAGGCUCCUCACACUCCAAACAAAGACUCAAAAGAGAUGUUUCAGGCCUACAGGAAGAUGUAUCUGGAAAAAAAGAUGCAAAAGCCAUGAUAGCACUCCUGUGUCAUAGGUCUUAUUCAAUAUAAAUGGGAAAAACAUGCCAACACUAAAUGCUUUUUCCUGUUUACUUCAUAUUUCUGAAGAAUAGUAAAACAAAAAAAAUUAUAUUUUUUUGGUUGUUUGCAAUUUCCCCCCCAUUGCCUCAUAUUAAAAGAUGCAGGAGUUAGUUGAACCUUGACAAAACCCCUCAAACUCACUUAAAUUGUCAUAUUCUUUGUUUUCAGAUUCUAGAAAAUUUCUGCUUUCCAUUGCUGGCAGUGGAAAAAUAUUGCUACUGGAAAGGGAUUGCAGUGGAUUCCCAAGCACUACACCUUCAUUUUCUAUUUAUGCUAGUCUGGUUGUGGUGCUUCUAACAAGGCUUUCUGUUAUUGUAGAAACUUUUUUUUUUUUUAAAUGUAAACUGGGAAUACAAAUAUAAAAUCCUCAAAAAAACCAUACAGGUCAGGGGAUUCCACAAAGUAUUUAUGCUGCUAUGUAGUUUUCUUACUUUUCUCUUUGUGGAACUUGUACAAAUUGAACUCUCAGUUCUUCAUCUGAACACAAUGCUGUAAACCGAUAGUUGACUAAGACUUCUCUUGUUUUUCUCUCCUCUUUUUUCACACUUAGAAGAAAAGUGCUGUUGUUGAAGCGCUGGGAGUUUGAAUUCACUCCUGUCUGGACUACGUUGCUCGCUUUAACCAGACUGUAAUUAAUGUCUUUGUAAAAUGUUCACUGUGACAUAAGAGUUUUCUUUGUUGCUGGAUAUCUUUUGUUUAAGUGCCUUUUCAUUAUUGUUCAGAGUUUUGAAUGAAAUCAUAUUUUUUCAGAAAUUUGGUACUUGAUUCUUUCUAUCUGUUUAAACCUUUAUACUGAAAGUAAGAACUCAGUAGAUAUUUCACUGUAUGAUUUUUAUACUUGAAAUAAACUUUUGAAGGCUA